AUGUCGGAAGCUCAUCUUGCCACAGAAAAGAGAGACUCCCAAACCCAAGAGAAGACCACUGAAGCAACUGUCACCGCCCAACCUCAAAUCGACCUUGAUCCCCAAAAUGACCUUGAAAACCUGCAGAAAGGUCGCUGGGAACGUAGUUGGCCCAUCAUCGCCUGUGGCGCUGGACUUUUCUCUGACGGUUACUUGAACAAUAUUAUCGGCUCAGUCAAUACCAUCCUACGCACCCUCUAUCCAGACUCAUACAUAAACUCCCCCGCCGUAAAAAAUGUCCCCUCAAUCUCCUUCGCUGGAACCGUCCUGGGCCAGCUCAUCUUCGGCUACGUCAGCGACCACUAUUCGCGCAAAUGGGCCCUGAUGAUCUCCACUCUCAUCCUUAUUGUCUUUGCAGCUCUCUCUGCGGGCUCCUACGGCAUCAACGGCAGCUCAUACGGCCUCUUCGCCGCCCUAACCGCUUAUCGCUUCUUUCUAGGCGUGGGCAUUGGUGGAGAGUACCCCGCCGGUAGUGUUGCAGCGGCAGAAAGCACAGGUGAACUGAAAAAGGGCCACCGCAACCGCUGGUUCAUCAUGUUUACGAACCUCCAGAUUAACUUGGGGUUCGUUGUUGCCGCGUUUGUACCGAUGAUUUUGGUUCUUAUUUUUACGGAGAAUCACUUGCGUGCCGCAUGGCGCGUUAUGCUGGGGUUGGGUGUUCUUCCGCCGCUCAGCUUGUGCUACUUGCGACUUAAGCUGAAUGAACCGGAAGAGUUUAAUCGGGAGAGACUGCAUACCUAUCCUGUUUGGUUGAUUAUCAAACUUUACUGGAGACGACUGUCUGUUGUCUCCGCCAUCUGGUUCAUCUACAACUUCUCCGUCUACGCCUUCGGUAUCUACUCGUCCAUCUGGCUCAAGCUGGUCCUCGCUGACACCGCACCCCUGUGGAAAUCCUUUGGGUGGAACACUGUCGUCAACCUGUUUUACAUCCCCGGCUCCAUCCUUGGCGCCUUCGUUUCCGACUGGAUCGGCCCCCGUUACACACUCGCAGCUGGUGUCUUCGCUCAGGGAGUCAUUGGCUUCAUCAUGUCAGCCAGCUAUCAAUAUUUAGCUACUCCGCAGCACGUUGCAGCCUUCGUCGUUGUUUAUGGGAUAUUCCUCUCACUUGGUGAAUUCGGACCAGGCGAUAACGUCGGCAUCUUCGCGUCCAAAACCUGUGCCACUGCCGUGCGCGGGCAGUACUACGGCAUCGCAGCUGCGAUGGGCAAAGUAGGCGCUUUUGUCGGCACGUAUUUGUUCCCGAUCAUCCAGAAAAACGCGCCCAAUCAGGUGCGCGCGGGUCAGGACCCCUUCUUUGUUUCAAGCGCGCUGUGCAUCCUUUCGGCUGGAAUUGCGAUAUUUUUGUUGCCACACGUUGGGCAGGACACAAUUACCUUAGAAGACUUGCGCUUUCGUCGCUACCUAGAAGAAAACGGCUAUGAUACAAGCACAAUGGGAAGUAAGGAGCUGCGGGAAUUGGAACGACAGAGGUGCGAUUCCUCUGGCGGCAGUGCUAGCAUUUGA